AUAUCGCGGCACUCUGCGCUCCGUUCAUCCUCGCGGCUCCUUCGUGCGUAAAGGGACAGACAAAUGUACGCAAAGCAAAAGUCUUACGCCUGCGUAAAGUUGUGUUUUUUUUUGUUGUGGGGAGGAUCCGGACAGGAUAAAGUUGGCAGAACUUUUUUUACGCAACAAAAGGACGCUGGUGUGAAACUUCAGUUCGUGUAAAUAGCACGUCGAAGCGUCGCUGCCUUUCCAGCGGAGACCUGAAGACGCGCCUCGCAAAGUUUGGCUCUUUUUAGUCGAGGUGAUUGUGUUUAAUCAAGGAAGUCAGCUGGAUUGCACCAAUUUUUUUAUUUUUAUUUUUUUUUGCUGGAUUACACUGAUCCCCGCUGACAAUCACUAAUCGCCAAAUAAUAGCGGCGCCACUGACUGAUUUGCAAUUUUCAGUACGAGCUCAAAAGACUUUUUUCUGGAGUACACAGUAAGCCUGAUGUUCCGCAGAUGCUAAUGAUCUAGCGCACUUAUCGUUUGUGUUCAGUCAGUGCGCCCUCGGCUCCAUCCUCGCGCGCGUCCAGAGGACUCCCGAGACCGUCGGCAGAGUUCUGACCAGCCAGGUGGCACUGACCCAAGCUGUUGUGAUGCAUAUUCCCGUAGAGCCGCCCACCACCAGACGGUUCACGCCGCCCUCCACGUCCUUCCCCUGCAGUAAGAUUGGAGACGGCAACGGGGCCAUGGCCACCCCGGGGCCCCUCAGGUCAAGACCGGACACCAGGAACGUGGUGGACGUCCUGGCGGACCACGCCGGCGAGCUGGUCCGGACCGACAGCCCCAACUUCCUCUGCUCCGUCCUCCCCUCUCACUGGAGGUGCAACAAGACGCUCCCCGUGGCUUUCAAGGUCGUCGCUCUGGGCGACGUCCCCGACGGGACUUUGGUGACCGUGAUGGCCGGUAACGACGAGAACUACUCGGCCGAGCUGAGGAACGCCUCCGCCGUGAUGAAGAACCAGGUGGCCCGCUUCAACGACCUGCGCUUUGUGGGGAGGAGCGGCAGAGGAAAAAGUUUCACUCUGACCAUCACCGUCUUCACCGGACCGCCUCAGGUGGCCACGUACCACCGCGCCAUCAAAGUCACCGUGGACGGACCCCGCGAACCGCGCAAUGUUUCAGGGCACAGAGUGAAACUAGAAGACCCCCAGAAGAUGCAGUUCUCCGACAGACUGUCAGAGAUCGAGCGCUACCAGAGGACUAUGAGGAUAGGACCAGGCAACAAUAAUCCCCGUCCGAUUCACCAAAGCCACCUGAGCACCACCCAAGCCGCCCUGUGGCCCGAGCAAAUGGACACCUCCGCUCUGAAGACAUGCAAGGUGGAGGAGGACCUGAGACCAUGGCCAGCAACGACGGAUCUCUUCCAGCAGAGGACCACCUUCCCGUCCCUGUCACCACUGACUGACCCUCGCUUCUCAGACCCCCGCAUGCAUUACCCUGGGGCGUUCCCUUACUCCACCAACACUUCCAGCACCGGCAUCAGCGGCCUGAGCAUGACAGCAUCAUCCCGAUACCAUACCUACUUGCCGCCACCCUACACAAAUAACCAAACCCAGAACUUCCAGUCCAACUCCUACCUGUAUUAUGGCACAGGCUCUGGAUCCUACCAGUUCUCCAUGGUGACACCAGGUAACGCCGGGGGUGAGCGCUCCCCAACCCGCCUGCUGUCCUGCUCAGGGGCUACGGGUGCUGGCGGGACCAACAGCCUGAUGAAUCCAGGCCUGAACACCCAGAGCGAGGGUGUCGAGGCCGACGGCAGCCACAGCAACUCCCCCACAGCUAUGAGCGCUUCCGGCCGUCUGGAUGAAUCCGUCUGGAGGCCUUAUUGAGUGAAAGACAGAAGAAAUGCACCAGAACAUGUAAAGAGGACAAUGAUGAAAAACCUGAACGCUGAAAAGAAAGGAAAAAAGACCAAAAAAAGAGAGAGAAAAAUGCUGCAUGUUUGUCUUUUACGUUUCCAGCAUCCACUUAAAGGACUUCCUGAAAUUUUCCAUGCAUUUUGUAAAUUUGGGUGAAUUCCUGCACUCUGCAAGGACAAGUACUCUGAUUAAGCCAUAUAAGUUGAGAUAAUGAAACUGUAAACAGAUGCAGGGGUCGGGAAGAGAAGCCAUAGGUCACAUCAGGACAUUUUGUCUGAUAUCAGGUUCACACACAAAGUCAACGGUAUGCUCCACCGGUCCAGCUGAUGAACUGAAAUACGGCACUCGUUCGCCUAAAGGGCUGGUCCAGCUGACUGUGUUAGUGGGGAGACGAGCAGUCAGACUCUGUGGCCACUCAGACUUCCUUCCCAGGACUGGCUGCUCCGCAACCAGCCGUUUUAAACUUUAAUUCCCAGAAAUUUUAAUGUUGCAAAUGAUCAUGUCAGUGAUCAAAACAUCCCGAAGCAUCAACGGCAUUCGGAGCUGCUUCCUAUGCUCACGUACUUACAGCAUGCAGGACUUUACUGCCUAAUUUAUUACCCAGACAGACGCGCUAGCCAUUGGUACGAUGGUAUGCUGUGGAUGUUUCGACACAAUCGGUGCAUUUUUGGAGCGAAAAGCAUUUUAUCUGUCAGGAAAAGAAUUCUCCUGUUGCUGUGUGAUCAGUGGAAUGACUUUCACCAGGACAAUGGCUGAUAUUUUGAGGAAUGUAUGACUAAAGCAGAGAUGUGUUUUUUAUGCAGGAAUAUUUAAGCUGGUAUUCCUUUAUACACAUUUGAAUGCAGAACAGCAACCCCCCCCCGCCAAUUUUAGUACUAACCCCAGUUUUUAACCAAAACAAACAAAAGUAAAUCAAAAGUGCUGAGGGGGCACAUCAAUGCUGCAUCAAAUUUAACUCUUUUUCAUAAAAUUACCCAAUUCUUGAUAUAACAGCAUGAGGAUGGAAAUUAGACUUUGACCUCUGACCUUGAUCAUGGACCAAUUCCAAUCAAAAUCAAGUCACUUCUUCCCUUUCACAGGCCCACUGGUACAACAUUGUACUAGUGUGCCAAGUUUAAUGAUGAUCGGAUCAUGCAACACAGAUAUUUAGAGACACAACAAUGGACGUCUCUGGUGAUGUCACAAAAAGAAAACUAUCAUAUGGAGGCGCUGUUUUGCACUUUAAUGUUCAUGAAGCAGUUCCUCUUUACUUCCUGUUAAGCCUAUGCAUCCUUAAUUUCUUGAUCAAUGCCUUAUC